AGCAUUCCUAACACCAGCCAUCACAAUGGGUGUCGCAAAGAAAACCAAGAAGUUCGCGCAAAUGAAGCGCACGAUCAAAGCCCGCGACGAACGACUCAAGCCAGCGCCCGAAAAACCAAAGGAGAAGAAACCCGAUGAAGUCGCCCGCCAUGUCCAGGCCCCUACGAACAUGUUCUUUGCUGCCAAUACUGCCCUCGGUCCUCCGUACCGUAUCCUGGUCGAUACCAACUUUGUCUCCCACGCUAUUCGGGCGAAGCUUGAUUUGCUCCCGGCCAUGAUGGAUCUGUUGUAUGCGAAGUGUAUCCCGACGUUUACAGACUGCACGAUUGCGGAAUUGGAAAAGCUGGGCGAUAAAUACCGACUAGCCUUGCGGGUAGCCAAGGAUCCGAGAUGGGAGAGAGUCAAGUGCUCGCACAAGGGCACCUACGCCGAUGACUGCCUUGUCGACAGAGUAUCGAAACACCGAAUCUACAUCGUCGGAACAAACGAUAAAGACCUGUGCCGCCGACUCCGCAAGAUCCCCGGUAAAAAGAAACCAUCCGCCGGCGUCCUCGGCCUCACCACCGCACUCACCAUCCAACAAUCCCACCCAUCUCAAAACAUCCUCCUCGUCGCCCGCGACUGGCCCUCCACAACAUCCAUAAACUACGCCUCCCCCUGGGGCGGUGCCCAUUACCGCCCCGUACCAGGACACACCCCACAGGCCAUCCGCGAAGAAUCCCAAGCCCAAUACAGCUACACCCAAUUCCGCACUGAAGCGACCAACCCGGCCUCAGGCGUCUCCCUCACCGACGCCGUCGAACACCUCGAGAACCCACCGCCUGAAUAUCUGGAUGAGUCCGUAUUCGACAACUACGCGCACCUCGAUGGGUUCCGCAAACUCCCAGCUGAGGAAUUACCAUCCGGUGUAAAGUGGGGCGUCGAGUACCGUACGUUCUGCAUCAACUCGCCUGUGUAUUGCGCGUACCUACUACGGAGAUUUAUCCUGCGCGGUGGAGAGACUCAGACAUAUACGCUAGCGAAUCCGAAAGAGGCAUUCUAUCUCGCGCGGAAUGUGCAAACCGUCGUGAAUUGUUCCGGGACGGGAUUCGGCGAUGACAAGGCCUUUAUCAUUCGGGGCCAAACAUGCUUGGUCCGAAAUCCAUGCAGCGUAACGCUAACCCGCCAGAACAGCGACGGCACCUGGUCGUUCUGCGUUCCGCGGCCGCUCGAAGGCGGCACGAUCAUCGGGGGCACGAAGCAGCCGCACAACUGGGACCCGAAUCCGUCGCUGCAGACCAGGGAGACGCUGCUGCGGAACGCGGCCAAGUGGUUCCCCUUUACGGAGGAGAGUGGGGGCCGGUUUGACGUGAUUCGGGAUAUCGUUGGCCGGAGGCCGGCGAGGGAAGGGGGGGUUAGGAUUGAGGUUGAGGAGGUGGAUGUUGAUGGGCUGCAGGGGAGGAUUGUUCAUGGGUAUGGUGCUGGUGGGAGAGGAUAUGAGCUUUCUUGGGGGGUUGCGAGGGAUGUUGCUGCCUUGGUUGGAGGUCAGAAGGCAAAGUUGUAAUUACCUAUUAGCUACAGUGCCUAUACGGGUGUAUGUAUAAGUGCAAAUAUAUAUUCAAACUACCUACUGUGAUGUCC